AUGGAGAGUGAAGUUGUUCUCAACCUCCACGUCAUGGAAAGUGAAAUGGGGUUGCGACCAGCAGGACUCGCCAGAAGAUCGUCUCAGUCCAGCUCUGAUCACACUUCCACUCACGGAACUCCACGGAACGAGCUUGAGGAUCCUUUGGAAGAAACAGACAAUUCUCCACUAACAGUGGAUAACAACGGUCAAUUAAGGUACUUCGGUUAUUCUUCUUACAUGAGAAUGGUCUCUAUUCUUCCUCAAGCAAAAACAAAAUCCUCCCCGGGACAAAGGGUCCCAUGUUCACCAAGCGAUAACGCUAUCGACAUCGAUGGAGAGGCAAUGGCCGAUAGCCCCCAAACCCAAACUCGCUUGAUUGAGUUGUUCUUCAAUUACCAGAAUGCCGCAAUACCCAUUAUCGACGAGGAGGCCUUCCGAGAAGGGUAUAUUUUAGGGGAACGGUCAGAUUACUUCUCACGGUUUCUUCUAUACUCGCUACUUCUGAGAUCGCUGAAUUUCGAUGAUGAUCUACUCCACCGAGAAACCUUGGCAACUAUUUACACCCGCCGAGCGAAAGCUGAACUGCUAUUUGAGAUGGAGAAUCCGACUCUUGCCACAAUUCCGGGCUUGUGCCUAUUUGGCUACUAUUUGGCAGGAUUGGGAAGUGACAGGGCGUGCUGGAUUUACCCAGGCAUAGCGUACCGCUUAGUGUUCGAUUUUGGUUUACAUGAAGACUGCAAGAACCUGGUAACUGCUGGGCUGCUGACUGAGGUUGAUCAACGCGUCCGGCAGGCGACACUCUACGGAUGUUACGUUCUUGACAAGCAAGUUCCCUCUCGCGCUAUUUCUGCCCGGGGACUCUCCGCGCAAACUCUGGGCACACGUAACCAACUCGUGGCGACAUGGGUCGAGCUAGCAUCUCUACUAAAUGAUGUCCUAUCUGUAAUUAACGGCCCCCCUCAGAGGAUAUACCAAGACUCCUCUGUGACCAAACUAUCUGAAGUGAGCCGAAAACUUCUCGCAUGGUUUUUGAAUCUUCCUCAAGAGCUGCAGUGGGAUUCAAAUGGCUCAAUAUCCCCGAGCGUCUGUGCUCUUCAUCUCCAAUUUCUAUCUACAACAAUCCUCCUCAACCGCCCAUUUGCAACUUAUAUAUUCAACCGCGGUCCCAAAUCAGCGCCCCGACACCGAUGCCUAGAAGGGCAGACGACCAAAAUUUCACAGCAAAUCUGCACAGCGAAUGCAGUCCGGGUGUCAAAGCUACUCCUGGCUUAUAGGCAACAUCAUGGUGCUUCUAAAAUCUUCUCCACCAUCAACCCUACCUGUCUCUCAGCUGCCGUUGCUUUGAUAUCUGAUAUCGUGAGUGCAGAGCCGAACGAAGAUAAAGAAACAGAGAGGAAAUGGCUAGCUGCUAUCAUGGAGACAUUGGAAGAGAUUAUACCGUGGUAUCCAGUAGCGGAACGAAGUCGCAACACCCUGGCCGCCAUAAUGAACACUUGCGGGCUAUCGGAUAUUGUUAAACAGCUUGCGAAAAGGUCAGGAAGUGUCCCAAUAGCAAUGCUACCAAGUCAUGCUCCAAUGGACAUUUCAGCGACCAACUGGAACGCCGAUUCUGAUUUCGCAUUUGAUCUCGAGUUCCCAUUCGAUUCGGUAUAUGACGUUCACAACAUCAGCCUCACAGGUUUCUAUGCGCAACCCUCACAGAUAAUGGAUUUUGGGAACUGGGAGACUGAAGAUCCACUUUAUGGACUCAAUCUAUGA